GCUAAUUUUAACCUUCAUUUUUUCUUGUAAAUUUCAUCCCGUCUCUUCAGAAGGAGAAUCUCUACAGCAUACAAAUUUGCAGACAUUUUCUAGCAUGAAAAUGAAGCAUUAUUUAAGCUAGUAAUCGCAGGUUUUAGCAUUAUGGUUAUAGGCUUAUAGCUAUUGGGGAAAUUUUAAACCUCUAAGCUGGUUGCUGUCUCGUAUAGACAGUGUAGCUCUGGUCAAUUUUUGAUCAUUAAGGUUAUUGCUUUAUUAAAAUAUUCAUUUGUUGGGUAAAAUUGAUGCUUUUGUAUUAUUUAAUUCACAUUCUUGGUCAUCCGGAAAGUUAAGUGGUUCUAAAAACAUUCGAUUUGAUGUUUAAUUGCUUAACGUAGUCUAGAUGAAAUUAGGACCAAGUACCUCGAUGUGAUUAUGAUAUCCAUUUUGCUCCAAGCGCUGCAUAAGCAAGACUACGUUAAGCAAACUACAUUCUUGGUCAUUCUUGGAUUGAGGCACUUGGUGGAAUUGAUGCUUGCCUGGCUAUUAAACCGUACCUUCUAAUUCUUUUUGCCUAUCUUUUAGUUGCUACAUUUGGCACUCUUGUACAGCAUACAAAAAAAUAAUCUGAGUCAGGGCAGUAAACUCAUACAUGCCCUCAUAUGUGCCAGUCCUUAAAUCCAUUUGGUGAAUCAGGUUUCAUGCUCAUUGGAUAUGCUACGACACAAGCUAUGUUUUGCCUAAUCUAUUAUUUUAGCAUUACUUGAGCUAUAAGCUAUGUUAUUCAAUUUCCAAGAUUGAAGAUUAUUCGAUGUGUGAAUUUACAUCAUAUCCCAAAUAUUUAAUCUUUUGCACUCCAUGUCAUGCAAGCCAAUAUCUUGUCAUAUCUAACAUGGAAUACCAUUAUUUUUGUGUUUGUGAUUAUCUUAGCUAUUGUUUGCCCAUCUGUAUCUAGCAUACACCAACAACAUAGCAGAAGAGUUGAAUUUGAGAGUGGAUUCAGCAAGGGUAAGAGAAAAUGAAAGUAAACUUUAAUUGAUGUGAUAAACGUGAUAUAGUUGAUAUAUACAUAUCUCACCCGAGGGAUAUAAUUGCAUAUAUAUAGUUGAUGAUCUGAAUCAAUAAAUAAUAGCCUAUCAAUUGAUGAUUUAAUUUUAUAGAGUUCAAUAGAGGAUAAUAGUGGAACAAAUAUGGUUUGAUUGUGGUAUAUAUAUGCAACUUGACCAAAUGGGGGCUUGUCUUGGAGCCUGAGAGCUCCAAACACUGAAGGGGCUCGCAAAUUGGAAGGAAAGAUGGAAGGGGAUGGAGGACAUUAUUGACAAGGUUGUUUACCAAUACCAGAAAUGGUCAUCCCCCCUCCUGUCAGGCGGCCAAGGAUCAUCAACUACCUGAAGCCUUAUGUUCUGAAGAUGCACUUCACAAACAAAUUUGUGAAUGCCCAAGUUAUUCACACCCCAACUGCUACGGUCGCAGCCUCAGCAAGCUCACAGGAAAAACUACUCAGGCCGAGCAUGGAGUCCACACGAGAUGUCGCAGCAGCUGCCAAGAUUGGUAAGCUAUUGGGGGAGCGUCUCCUACUCCAGGGUAUUCCUGCUGUUUCUGUGUUCUUAAAACGGGAACAAAAAUACCAUGGGAAGGUGAAGGCUGUCAUAGAUAGUGUGAGAGAAGCCGGUGUCAAGCUACUUUGAUGUCAUCUCAGUUGCCAUCAGAUAGUUACAACUAAUAAGCUGCUGCGACAAUUUACAGGAAACAUUCGCUCUAAAUUUAAUUGUCUAGCUUGCUCUGGUGUCUAUUCAUCUUAGGACUUGGAAAUGGUACGCUGGAAUGCUAAGAAUUUAACUCGAUGCUUAACAAUUCAAUACCAUCUGGAAAUAUGGUGACAUAGCUUGUUUAAUC